AUGAACGGCUUAGCGAAAUGCAAAGACAUUGUAGUUAAGCAAGCGGAUAAGGAACACGCUAUAGUAGUGAUGAGUAAAGAGGUUUAUGAAGAAAAAGCGAACACACUUUUACGUGAUACACGUAAUUACAUAUGUCUAUCCAAGAACCCGUUAUGGACAACACAUAAAAAUGUGAAAGAUAAAUUAAAUGAGUUCAUCUCCCAAGGACCUAUUCCUAUUAAAUUCUCGUCUAAAGUUCGCCAUCGUGGUUUACCAAAGCUACCAAAUUUUAUAUUCUCCAAAAAUACACAAAAAGGAUUAUCCUGGUAG